ACUGGCGUAUCAAUUGGUUUAAAAAGAUAUUUAUAUACCGUCAAGUAGUGAGCAACAUAAUGCGAAACACAAUUGCGGAAAUAUAACGGGGUUUUUGGAGUCCAUAAGAAAAAAUUUCGUGAUUUGAGGGUGAGAAGGGUGGUGCUUCUCUAAGCUGGAAAUGUCUCCGGCUUAUGUACUUUGGUUCCUUUUGUUUUCUUCUCUACCGCUGCUGCUUCUCUCAGAAGGGAAUGCAAAUGGACACCGUGAUGAUUGUCCAGACUCAUUUGACUGCGGAAGCAUAGGGAAAAUUUACUUCCCAUUCACGACGGUAGAACGCCACAACUGUGGUGUUCUGGCAAUCCGUGGCUGUAAUGAUUCCGGCCAAACAUCAGCGAAGCAUGUCCAGUUGACCAAAGGAGGAAAACUAUUCCAAGUUACGCAAGUUAAUAGUCAGAGCCUCAGUACUACUAGUAUUUCCAUUAUCGACCAAGAUUUCAGAGGGCUUCUGGAAAAUGGUAGUUGUAAGGCCUUGAGCUAUAACAUUACAGUCCCUCCCUCCUCUGCUUUCGGUUAUUUUGAUGUGCAAAACAAUAUUAGCAUCUUCAACUGCAGCCGCCAUCUACGCAAACUCAACCAUACAAAUGGCUUCAUCAACUAUACCAGCACCAGAUGUCCUUCCUCUGUUUUUUACUUUGCCCCUCCUGAUUCUCAGACCCUGCGCUCUUUUACCUCUUCAUGUUCAAUGGUUCAACUUCCAAAAAGAAUAGAUUCUGAGUUCUUCAAAGGCGAUCCAUUUGGAUUUUUAACUGCUGAAAUUACUUUUGAAUUCAAGUUUUCGGAUGACUGUAUCCGGUGUUACGAGGAAGGAAAGGGCUUUUGUGAACCAGACAGCAACGGAAAAAUUCAUUGUGCCUCUCCAACGAGGAAAAGUAGAGUUUUGAUUCGGAAUCUAGGAUUGCUGCUAGCUUGGACCUUGGUGGCUAUGGGAGUUGUAGUGAUGAUCUUGGUUUGCUGCAUCAGGACCAAGAUUUUCUCUCUCACGUCUCUCUUGUGGUGGAGGGAGACCCCAACCCAUCGAAUUAUUGAGGAGCUUGUGAAUGAACAUGGACCCCUUCCUACAACUAGGUACAAUUAUUUAGAGGUUAAGAAAAUGACCAAUUCUUUUGGAAACAAAUUAGGCCAAGGGGGAUUUGGUAGUGUUUACAAAGGAAAGUUACAAGAUGGACGUCUUGUUGCGGUGAAGAUUUUAAGUGAAUCAAAAGGCAAUGGAGAAGAGUUCAUAAAUGAAGUUGCUAGUAUCAGUAGGACUUCACAUGUUAACAUUGUUAGACUCUUGGGAUUUUGUCUUGAUAGUUCUAAACGAGCUCUAAUAUAUGAGUUUAUGCCUAAUGGAUCUCUUGACAAGUUUAUAUAUGAAGAGAAAAAUCCAUUACAAGUUCCUCACCAUUUGAAUUGCAAAAUAUUGUAUGAUAUUGCUAUUGGCAUUGCUCGUGGAUUAGAAUACUUACACAGAGGUUGCAACACUAGAAUCUUGCAUUUUGACAUAAAACCUCAUAACAUAUUACUAGAUGAGGAUUUCUGUCCAAAAAUUUCAGAUUUUGGACUUGCAAAAAUAUGCCCAAGAAAAGAAAGCAAAAUAUCGAUAUUUGGUGCUCGAGGAACUGCUGGCUAUAUUGCCCCAGAAGUUUUUUCUAGAAAUUUUGGUGAAGUAUCACACAAGUCAGAUGUUUAUAGUUAUGGAAUGAUGGUCUUAGAAAUGGUUGGAGGGAGAAAAAAUAUUAAGACUGAAGUAGACCGUUCAAGUGAAAUAUAUUUUCCUCAUUGGAUUUAUGAGCGUCUUGCAUCAAAUCAAGAACUUGGUUUACAGAAUAUAAGAAAUGAGAGUGAUGAUAAAAUGACGAGAAAGAUGACAAUAGUGGGCUUAUGGUGCAUACAAACUCAUCCUUCAACUCGACCAACCAUAAGUAAAGUGGUGGAAAUGUUAGAAAGUGAAGUUGAGUUCUUGCAAAUUCCACCUAAACCUUUUUUGUCUUCUCCUUCAAGCUCUUAGCCCACUUGUCACGCGAGACUCUUACUUUAUGAGAAUACUAAGAUGUAAUGUAUGUUGUAUUUUAUUGGAUUUACUACUAUUUUAUUUUCCAUUUAGUUUGAAUUUAUAAAUUUGAUUAGUGAUUACCUUGAAACAUGAUUGGUAACCACUUUAAUAACACUUCAUAAUUUAUAGU